GCCGACCACACAUCCCAACGCUUGACCAUGUCAGAGCUCAAAAACUAUCAAAUCGACUUGAUCGAACAAGCAAUGUCGGUCGAAGCACUCAAAUUUGGGUCAUUUACCUUGAAAUCCGGGAGAAUAUCUCCCUAUUUUUUCAAUGCGGGGCUCUUGAGUACAGGAAACAUUCUCUCAGCUCUAGCCAAAGCCUUUGCAUCUACCAUAGUCGCUGCUCAAGCCGAUGCUGAAAAUCCCAUCCCUGAAUUUGACGUUCUCUUCGGUCCGGCAUACAAAGGGAUUCCUUUUGCUGCUCUAACGGUGAUGCAGCUAUUCGAUCAACACCAGAUAUCUGUGGGUCUGGCGUACGACCGGAAGGAGACAAAGGAUCAUGGAGAGGGAGGGAACAUGGUCGGUGCAUCCGUGACCGGGAAACGCGUUCUCAUUUUGGACGACGUCAUGACAGCAGGUACUGCCGUUCGUGCUGCUAUCGAGCUAGUACGAAAGCAUGGUGGACAGGUAAUUGGUGUCGUUCAGUGUCUUGAUCGUGAAGAGGUCGGACAAGAUGGUGUCAGUAGCACGGCCAAGGAGGUCGAAAGCAUACUUGGAAAAGGACGCGUCAAGGCGAUACUGAAGAUGCGCGAUUUGAUGGUCUGGUUGGAGAAGAAAAACAUGCAGGACCAGCUGCUUCAGAUGCGAGAAUACUGGGAUCAUUACGGUUUGAAGCAGUAAGAUUCUUUUAGUUUAAACUUUGGUACGUAUCGUUAGAUAUCUUUCGUUACGUUUUGUUUUUGAAUAGGGAUAACACUUGACGGGUACUGAUUGAAAAACUUUGUUAAAGCUCAGGCUGAGUCAAGACUUAUAAAAUCAAAAUAAAUAUGGAGACCCAUUGGGGUCCACCAC